CCGCUCGCUUGGAGAGAGGUACCUCUCCUCUUCCCUCUCCCUCUCCUUAAGGAGUGGGGUCAACAUAUCAAUGGAGCAAGUCACAGUCGUCGAUGCCAGCUUCUUCUUGAAAUCUUCCCAGAACGGAAUCCUGACAAUGAUACAGGACACACAAUGGGUGAUCCAUUCAUGUUGCAGCAAUCUACAAACCCAGCACCAGGAAUUCUGGGACCUCCGCCUCCCUCAUUUCAUCUUGGGGGACCAGCAGUUGGACCAAGAGGAAAUCUGGGUGCUGGAAAUGGAAACCUGCAAGGACCAAGACACAUGCAAAAGGGCAGAGUGAUAACUAGCCGAGUUGUUCACAUCAUGGAUUUCCAGCGAGGGAAAAACUUGAGAUAUCAACUAUUACAGCUGGUGGAACCAUUUGGAGUUAUUUCAAAUCAUCUGAUUCUAAAUAAAAUUAAUGAGGCAUUUAUUGAAAUGGCAACCACAGAAGAUGCUCAGGCUGCAGUGGAUUAUUAUACAACCACACCAGCAUUAGUAUUUGGCAAGCCAGUGAGAGUUCAUUUAUCCCAGAAGUAUAAAAGAAUAAAGAAACCUGAAGGGAAGCCAGACCAGAAGUUUGAUCAAAAACAAGAGUUUGGACGUGUGAUACAUCUCAGCAAUUUACCUCAUUCUGGCUAUUCUGACAGUGCUGUCCUCAAGCUUGCUGAGCCUUAUGGGAAAAUUAAGAAUUAUAUACUGAUGAGGAUGAAAAGUCAGGCCUUUAUUGAGAUGGAGACCAGAGAAGAUGCAAUGGCAAUGGUUGACCACUGUUUGAAAAAGGCCCUUUGGUUUCAAGGGAGAUGUAUAAAAGUUGACCUGUCUGAAAAAUACAAAAAAUUGGUACUCAGGAUUCCCAACAGAGGCAUUGACUUACUGAAAAAAGAUAAGUCCCGGAAAAGAUCUUACUCUCCAGAUGGCAAAGAAUCUCCAAGUGAUAAGAAAUCCAAAACUGAUGGUUCCCAAAAGACUGAAAGUACAACCGAAGGUAAAGAACAAGAAGAGAAAUCAGGAGAAGAUGGUGAAAAAGAUACAAAGGAUGACCAGGCAGAACAAGAACCUAACAUGCUUCUUGAAUCUGAAGAUGAGCUACUUGUAGAUGAAGAAGAAGAAGCAGCAGCACUGCUAGAAAGUGGCAGUUCAGUGGGAGAUGAGACAGAUCUUGCUAAUUUAGGGGAUGUGGCAUCUGAUGGGAAAAAGGAACCUUCAGACAAAAUUGUGAAAAAAGAUGCAAAUGCGAGUGCUUCAGCAACUGCGAACAAAAAGCUUAAAAAGCGUCGUUUCCCAGGGAGUAUGGAAGGUUUUGUCACUCUAGAUGAGGUUGGUGAUGAGGAAGAUUCGGAACUUCAGAAACUUCGUAAAUCGGGCAUGGCAUUUAAAUCUGGUGACAAAAAUGAUGAUGGUUUGGUUGAAAUUAAGGUGGACAAGAUCGAGGAACUUGACCAAGAAAAUGAAGCAGCGUUGGAAAAUGGAAUUAAAAAUGAGGAAAAUACAGAACCAGGUGCUAAAUCUGCUGAGAAUGCUGAUGAUCCCAACAAAGAUACUGAAAACGCAGAUGGCCAAAGUGAUGAAAACAAGGAGGACUAUACAAUCCCAGAUGAGUAUGGAAUUGGACCAUAUCAGCCCAAUGUUCCUGUUGGUAUAGACUAUGUGAUACCUAAAACAGGGUUUUACUGUAAGCUGUGUUCACUCUUUUAUACAAAUGAAGAAGUUACAAAGAAUACUCAUUGCAGCAGUCUUCCUCAUUAUCAGAAAUUAAAGAAAUUUCUGAAUAAAUUGGCAGAAGAACGCAGGCAGAAGAAGGAAGCUUAAGAUGUGCAAGAAGCUUAAUGAUUUCAAAGAAAAUAAUGGUUCUUUGUUUUUAAAUGUUAACCUUUUUUUUAAAUACAAUA